CAGGUGGUACAGACUGAUGGGCCGCGGAGGGAAAGAAGACGGGAAACCCCGCGGGGAACUGGAAGUGAAAAUAGGGUUUACUUACCAUGAACGCAGUGCGGAUGACGAACAGUUCCUGGGUGUGCCGGGUUCCGAGGGCCGUGGCAGUUUCGGCAGCCUUGCCGACGACAACAGCAGCACCUCGGGCAAAAAGAAGAGCCCGUCUUUGCUCAACGUGUCUUCUCACCUGGCCCAUCAGUUUGGUGGGAGUCUCAUGAACUUGGGGAAAAAGGUGAAGCGGAAAACGUCGAGCAGGAACAAGAAGAACAAGCGCAAGGACUCGGAUGCCGUGAGCGAAAGCGCCUUUUCCAGCAACGCGGACCCGGGAGUCAACAGUGACUCCGAAGAAGACGAGGCCUUCAAGGACGAAAUUGCUUCGACAGUUUCUGCUGCGAGUUCCGGAGCCGGUGGCUACGACGCAGGAAUCCACUCCCAUUCCGGAAACACGAGCAGCAGCAACAACAGCACCACUGGAAACAACAACACGAACAACAACAAUAACAUCAACAAUAACAGCAACCCCGUGGGCAACGUUAAAUCCGGGCCCUUACACGAAGACAUGGCGAGUGACGCGUUUUAUCGACGACUGGAGUACAACGAUUUCUACGAACAGCCUCGACGAUCCGUUGAACCUUCCCCGCCAACUACAACACGGGAUUUCACGGGUGCUCGGAAAAGUUCGUCGAGUUUCCGAGAAGAAGCACUGUCUUCGGGAAGUCCAUUGGGAAUUUUGAGCAAUUACGGCAAUAAAGAGCAGGAUGUGAACAAGUCUCGGACACCGUCAGACUCAUCGUCGUUCGCAAAUCGCGGCGGGUCCAACAGAUCCAACAGUGGCGUCCUCUCUGCGCGACGCAGCGAACUUUUGUCGUCGACUGGCGUGAGUGCUGCAACAGGCGGCGUGAACAUCGAAGAAGAUUUGGGCGGCCGAGGAUCAACAACGGCGUCCGCGAGAAGCUCAGCUCAGCCCUCGCCUCUGGUCAAGAAGGCCAAUGACAGAAAUGAGUCCCCUCAAUUGCCAAACAGGAUAGAAAAACCUCCAAGGCAGCAUGCCCUGAUGAAAGAGGACAUUUCAAUGUCGACACCUUGUAUCCCUGCCGUAAUUUCUGGCAGUAAUCACGGAGAACGCGACGGCAGUACGACACCCGGUGGAGGGACGCCGCUCGGGACGCCUGAUGGCUCUCGCAGAAAUUCCGCCACCAAGGGCACCAAGGAGCGAUUCCUGCGCAAGUUCAACGUCAAGGAAAUGCUGAAAGGAUCCAGUGGGGAAGGUAAAGGGAUCGAGGAAGAUCCUGGAAGUGGAUCCAAGGGUAAGAAUAAGCACCAUUUGUCCCACGUCGGUGAAAUGACGACAGCGAUCGAGAAUGGAGAAGAAAGGAUCAUUUCUAAGCCCGCGAGUCGACAUCCUCUGAGUGUCCAACAGAGAUUCGCGAAUAUGCAGCGCGAUGACUUGAUUGCUCUAGUACUGCAGUACGAAUCCCAAGCGAAGCAACGGGAGAACAAGAUGCGCGACACAGAAGAGUACCUCGACGCUUUGCUCCUUCGCGUCAUGGAAUCCAGUCCCUUGAUCCUGAGCCACGGCUUCAGUCCUUCACAAUUGAGCAAUGGAAAGGUUUUGGAGAACACUUCUUGUCGUCAGGAAGUGAAGACUGGUCGUUUCCGAAUGUUCUAAAAAUACAUUUUUCAAAUAUAAAUUUCGACCCUCGAAGUCCUUUCUUCCUUUUUUAUCGCCAGAGUAAAUAAUGUGGAAUCCCGUUUUUGAAAAAAAAUUUGUUUGUGGCAAUAUUGAGAAUUCGUUCAAUGGUGCCUCGGAUAAUGGACUUAUUAUAAGUCCCAGUGGGAAGUAAAUUAUUCACGAAAAAAAAUGUUACCGCGAGAGUUUUGGACUUUAAAAAAAAAAAGACUGAGAAGCCAUAAAAUAGAUGUUCAGCAAUCAGCAUAACUGAUGAAAAAGUUGGAAAGUAAUUAUUUCAUCAUUUACGGUAUUAAGGAAUAACUAACGAAAAAACUUGUUUCCUCUAGAUCGAGUCUAGAACAGAGAUUUGAUUAGUCAAAUUUCCAGAGUAACGUUCCUUUUUCAAAUGUUCAUAUUGAAGAACGUCGUGUAGGAUAUUAUCCGAAACAGGGUUCACUAUUUGAAGCAACAGCAAAAUCAAUGACAUCCUACGCUAUAUUUAUUCAUGAAGAAAACAUACUGUAGUUCUAAAUUCAUUAUCCGAGGUAUCAGUGCAUAUAAUUCUCACAAUUUUGCAAGGAUCACGUUUUUUGACCAACCCGAUGAAGUCUGUUAUUCAAUUCCCAAAAAGAGAGUAAAACCCUGUCAUUUUUUUUUGAAUAAGUGCCAUUUUUUGCGUUUACUAAUUGCAUGUGGGAUGAGUGAAGGAGAGUUUAUUGGAGGAUUCGUUUUCCAGGCUGUGUUGAUUGUAGGAAACAAAAGAACGUCUUCUCACCGCCAAAAAGGCCAAAAACUUUGAAAACGUUUGUAAAAUUCCUUUGACUUUUAUUGAGAACCGUGUCCGUUCCACCCAUUUUUAACCAUGAUGAAGGACGGAACAAGAAUGUUAUCCUUCCUGGUAUUGUUCGGUAAUUGAUUAAGAUUAUUUUUUCGAUCGAUCGUUGCGGAAAGCGAUUUUUAGCUGUGAUUGGUUUUGCUUUUGGUGUAUGUUAGCAAGCCAUUUUAGUAUUUUGGACGAAUGUGUUGACUGCGAUGAGAGAUUUCUCUUCUUACUUUCUGUUGGACGAAAUUGCUGGAAGAGGAAAAACGACGGAAGGAAAAGUACUUUGACGCAACGUUUCCCUGAUAUAUUCUUUAUUUUUUUCUUUUGCUGAAAUGUGACUUGAUUGGAUGAUCUUGCGGAUGAUGAGCUAAUAAAAAAGGCGCGACUUCAGAAAA